AUGUCUAGACCAGAAGAAAUUGCUCCACCAGAGAUCUUCUACAAUGACUCUGAAUCCUACAAAUACACAUCUUCGAAUCGUGUUCAGCAUAUCCAAGCUAAAAUGACACUCCGAGCUUUGGAACUUCUUAAUUUGGACAAGAAUGAGCCUCAUUUCUUACUCGAUUUGGGUUGUGGUUCUGGUCUCUCUGGAGAAAUCUUGACAGAAGAAGGGUACAACUGGUUAGGCAUGGAUAUUGCGCCAAGUAUGUUGGCAUCUGCUCUAGACAGAGAAGUUGAAGGUGACUUAUUUUUGGCCGAUUUAGGUAAUGGUAUUCCUUUCCGUGCGGGCACAUUUGAUGCUGCCAUCUCCAUUUCUGUCAUUCAGUGGUUGUGUAACGCAGAUGCUGUCGGAAAUGAUCCAAAGAAGAGAUUGAUGCGGUUUUUCAAUACAUUGUAUGCGCUGUUAAGACGUGGUGGAAAAUUUGUUGCCCAGUUCUAUCCCAUGAACGACUUGCAAACAAAGCAGAUCAUGGAGCAGGCCAAGGUGGCCGGUUUUGCGGGUGGUAUCAUUGUAGAUGACCCAGACUCGAAAAGAAAAAAGAAGCAUUAUUUGGUUCUCACAGCUGGUCAAUCCGACAGAAACUUGAACUUGGCUGGCGCCCAGAUGGAUGCUCCAGAGCAGAGAAAGAUGAGCGCAAAGAUGAAGAAAAAGAUGGAAUCCAGAAAGGAUUAUAUCAAUAGAAAGAAGGAGACCAUGAGACGGAGGGGACGUGUUGUCGCCCUCGAUUCUAAGUUUACUGCCAGAAAGAGAAGGCCAAGAUUCUAA